CUAAAUGAACGACAAUAAGGGACUCAGUUCGUAUGUUCAGUUUAGAAAGUCGUUCGAUCGAACCUUUUUCGAACAAUUCGAUACAACUCUAGUUAGCAAUUAGUAGAACGCAACGGCAGCGCCGCAACGAGAGAAUGAAGAGUUUGGACGAAGUUAAGUCAGAAUAUCCGCUGCACUGGCAGAUCUGGAAUGGGAACGUUGAAGAGCUGCAGCAACAAUUGCAGACCGAACAGAUUGAUAAGGAAAAAAUCGAUCCGCGCGGCCGCACACCUUUAAUGUUAGCAGUUCGUCUAGCAAAUUUGCAAUGCGUUAAGUGCCUUUUAGCUGCCAAGUGCAAUGCGACCUACGAACAUGCAGGCUGGUCAAUUGUGCAGGAGGCUGUGUGUACCGGCGAUGUGGAUAUACUGACCGCCAUCAUUGAAGUACGCGACUUGCAACGUCACGUGCAACGUGUGACGCACGUGCCAAAACUGCUGCAGCAUCUGCUGGACGCACCUGACUUCUACAUAGAGAUGAAGUGGGAGUUCACGUCGUGGGUGCCGUUGAUGUCUCGCCUCUGUCCAAGUGAUACCUACAAGGUGUACAAGCGUGGUGCUAACGUGCGCAUCGACACUACCCUCCUUGGCUUCGACAACAACACCUGGCAGCGCGGCAACCGAUCCUACAUCUUCAAAGGCGGCAAGGACACGGCAACAAUGAUUGAAAUUGAUCACGAUACACACGAGGUGAUGGUGGAGCAGAUGAGCAGCGAUAUUGGUGAUAUUGUGGCCAUACCGCCACCGUUGGGCACAGUUCGGGCGCGCCUGGCGGCGCCCGUCAUCACCAACAACAUCGAAAUGGAAAAGAUCAGUUUCGAGCGCAACAAAUCUGGUAUUUGGGGCUGGCGCAGCGAAAAGUCGGAGGUUAUCAAUGGUUACAACUGUAAGGUGUAUGGCGCCAGCAACGUGGAGUUUGUCACAAAGACGCGAAUGGACCAUCUGAACGAGGAGCAAAUCAAGAACAAAACGGCUCGCACGCCUCUGCACAGUUUGUUGGGUAUUGCUGACGAGGAUUACGUGCCAUCAACGGAUGUCCCUGCAAUCAAAGAGCGCACAUAUUUACCUCGACCCGUCGAGACAGUUCCUGCUGUUGCCUACAGUGAAAAUGGCGACCGUGCAUCACCCAUUCUUCAAGCUGAGAGCAAUGGCAGCUCUGCCUGCGGCUCUGGCGCUAGCACGCCUCAUGUGGUUAUCACACCCGAGGAAUACUUUAGUGCUGAGGUUGAUCUGCAGGGUCGGGAUAUUGGCAAGCCAAAGAAUUUAAGCACAAAGGUGCAGCGCUUUAAGGCCAAUCUUUGGCUGGCAGAAGAGUAUCCCAUUCGCCUGCAGGAACAAGUGCUUCCCAUACUGGACCUCAUGUCCACAAUGGCCAGCCCGCAUGUAUCCAAACUGAAAGACUUUAUUACAAUGCAACUGCCCUCUGGCUUUCCGGUCAAGGUAGAGAUACCGCUCUUCCAUGUCCUCAACGCCUGCAUUACGUUCGGCAAUGUGUUCGCCAUGACAACGCCGGUGGAGCACGUGACCACACUUCAGGAGCAAGACCGCACUACAUGUUUGGUGGACGAUCGCUGUUUUGACAUACCCAGUCAUUAUGCCAACCGUGGCGCGGACUCGCGCCGACAAAUACCGCUGGACGAAGACGACAUGCUGCAGUACGCCAUCGAGCAGAGCCUGGCUGAGUCAAGCGGCGCAGUCGGCGCAUGUGGCCUAGACAAUGAAACUGACAAGGUUGACAUCUGGGAGGUGCUACGCGGUCAAAAUGCUGUAGGCACUGAGCUGCUGCCUGAGGACGACGAGCAGCUGCAGCGUGUGUUGCACGAGUCGCUUCUUGGAGCCCGUGGCAACGCGAGCGGUUCACCUGUCUCCGAGGAUGAUGAUGACGGCGGCUUUCGGUACAUGGACUCUGAUCUGGCAAUGGCCAUGCGUCUUUCGCAGCAGGACCAGCAAAAAUACGAGUUGGAGCGCCAGCGUGAGCAAGAGAUGAUCGAGCAGGCGCUUAAGCUCAGCCUGCAGGAGCACUAGCCAUCCUACCAUCCAUUGAACCAAUUAGGUAACCAAAUGUAACCAAUCAAUCAAUCAGCAGUCACAAGUCUGUCGUCAAUCAAAAGAUUCCCCUUUUGUCGAUACCAAAAUUGGAAUAGUUUAUAUGUAAUUAUAGUAUGUAAAAAUUACGCCUAUGUUGUAAAUUUUUUUUUUAGUUUAUGUUGGUUUGUAUUGUGAUAUGUAACUAAACAACAUAGCAAGAACAAUUUUCUUCUGAACUCUAUUCUGCUAAGGAACGCUCUUAAGCUCUCAACUCCGAAACUCGCGCGUUUUUACAAUAUCCUCAUAAAUGUAUAUCACAUUGUAUGCAUAUUAAAUUCAUGUAUUAGCUCUUGCUAAAUAACUAUUAAAGACGAAAACUCCUAGGCGACAAAAAAAAAA